UAAUGAAAUAAAAUAAAUUUGGAGGAAUAGAAUUCAAUUGUGGAGAUCGUUAUUAAAUAAUAAAAUUGAUUGGAUCAGGUACAUAUGGUUCUGUUGUCCUUGCAUAUGAUAUUAAGCAUCAAUCUCGAAAGGUAUAAAGUAAUAAAUUGAGAUCAGGUUGCGAUUAAGAAAUUAAAUUAAAUUGAAGACGUGAUAGAUGCUAAAAGAAUAUUAAGAGAAAUACUAAUUCAAAGAUAAAUGGAUCAUCCUAAUAUAUUGAAAAUAUAUGAUUUAUUGUAUGAUUCAGUUAAUUCUGAAAUAUAUAUAGUAAGUUAAUUCUAUCCUACAGAUUUGGGAAAAGUGAUUGCUGGUCAUUAAGAAUUAAGUGUAGAACAUGUUUCAUUUAUAAUGUAUUAAUUAUGUAAAGGUUUACAUUAUUUACAUUCAUCAAAUUCUAUUCAUAGAGAUAUUAAACCAAGAAAUAUUUUAGCAAAUGAGAGAUGUGAAGUAUGUUAUUGUGAUUUUGGUUUUGCUCGUAAAUUUGAUGAAAAUGAAGAAUAAUAAUAAGAAGAUAAUAUGACAGAAUAUGUAGUCACUCGUUUUUACAGAGCUCCUGAAAUUAUGUUGUCUAGUUCUCAUUAUUCUAAACCUGUUGAUGUAUGGGCAUUAGGUUGUACAUUUGCAGAAUUAAUGAGUAGAAGAAUUUUAUUUCAUGCUCCUAAUUACUUAUAAAUGAUCAAACUUAUUUUUGAUAUUCUAGGUAAACCAUCAGAAAAAGAAUUAUAAUCUUUUGUUACUAAUGCAAAUGCUUUAGCAUUCAUUGAUAAACUUCCUCCUAAAACUUUAUAAUCUGCUUCCAAAAGUGUUCCUUAUCCUGAUGCUAAAGCUAGAGACUUAUUAGAUAAAAUGUUAUAAAUGAAUCCUAAAAAUAGAAUUACUAUCUAAUAAGUAAUUAUUUACUUAUCUUAGUGUUUAGAACAUCCAUUUUUUGAUACCAUUAGAAAUAAAGAAGAAGAAACUACAUUCAAUGGGCUCUUAGAAUGUGAUUUUGAAAAAGAUGAAAAAAUUACUUUAACUCAAAUUUAUUUUUUAAUUUUCGAAGAAAUAAAUCAAGUUAAAUUACUUAAUAAUGAAUAAACUAUCAAUUCUAAUCAAGAAAUUUAAAAGCUUAAACUUAAAAAAAAUAUUUAAUGA